CGGGCUCCCUCAGCGGCUCUCCGUCCUUGGCGGCGGCGGCGGCGGUGGCGGCGGGUGAGGCGCGGGAGCCGACCCGGGCAGCAUGGUGAUGGCCGAGCCCCGCCGGCUUCCUCCGGCCGCCGCCGCGCUGCUCCUGCAGCCUCCGCCGCCGCCGCCGCCGUCCUCCUCCUCCUCCUCGCCGGCUCAGCCUCAGCCGCCCCGCGGCGCUUCGGUGCCGGUGCGCGUCGGCUUCUACGAGAUCGAGGGCACGCUGGGCAAGGGCAACUUCGCCGUGGUCAAGCUGGGCCGGCACCGCAUCACGCGCAGCGAGGUGGCAAUAAAAAUCAUCGACAAAUCUCAGCUCGAUUCUGUGAACCUGGAAAAAAUUUACCGGGAGGUACAAAUCAUGAAAAUGCUGGACCAUCCACAUAUUAUCAAGCUUUAUCAGGUGAUGGAGACCAAAAGCAUGCUUUACCUUGUGACGGAAUAUGCCAAAAAUGGAGAAAUCUUUGAUUACCUGGCCAAUCGGGGACGUUUGAGCGAGACGGAUGCCAGGCGCAAAUUCUGGCAGAUCCUCUCGGCUGUGGAAUAUUGUCACGGCCGGAAGAUCGUACACCGGGAUCUCAAAGCGGAGAAUCUCCUACUUGAUAACAACAUGAAUAUUAAGAUAGCAGAUUUUGGGUUUGGAAACUUCUACAAAAGCGGGGAGCCUCUGACCACGUGGUGCGGAAGUCCACCUUACGCAGCUCCCGAGGUCUUUGAAGGCCAGCAGUACGAGGGGCCGCAGCUGGACAUUUGGAGCAUGGGCGUGGUCCUCUACGUCUUGGUUUGUGGAGCUCUGCCCUUCGAUGGACCCACCCUCCCCAUCCUGCGGCAGAGAGUUCUGGAAGGAAGGUUCCGCAUCCCCUACUUCAUGUCAGAAGAGUGCGAGCAUCUCAUCCGGAGGAUGCUGGUUCUGGAUCCAUCCAAGAGACUCAGCAUUGCUCAGAUUAAGGAGCACAAGUGGAUGUUGAUAGAGGUUCCGGUCCAAAGACCCGCUCUCUAUUCCCAGGGGCAAGAGAACGGACCUCCCAUCGGGGAAUACAACGAGCAGGUCCUGAGGUUGAUGCACAGCCUGGGAAUCGACCAGCAAAAAACCAUCGAGUCCCUGCAGGAUAAGAGCUACAAUCACUUUGCUGCCAUCUACUACCUGCUGGUAGAGAGGCUGAAGUCCCACCGCAGUAGCUUCCCCGUCGAUCAGCGGUUAGACUCCCGCCAGCGGCGGCCCAGCACCAUCGCCGAACAAACAGUCGCCAAGGCUUCCGUGGCUCCUGUCAACUUGCACUCUCAAAACAUUCGGCUCCGAAGGUCUCCUGGCCUCCCACCCACAGCCGAGGCCUUCUCCUUUCCCAGAUCCGUCUGCCAGGCGGACGCGGCCUUCAUGGAGGAAGAGAGAAUCGACACCCCCAAAGUGAAUGGUUGCCUGCUGGAUCCUGUCCCCCCGAUGAUGGUGAGGAAGGGGUGCCAGUCCCUCCCCACCAGCAUGAUGGAAACGUCCAUCGAUGAAGGGAUUGAAGCGGAAGGGGAAUCCGAAACUGAUCCUGCCCAGGCCUUCGAGGCGUUGCAAGGAUCUCGCGGUGGGAAGAGGAGACAUACCCUGGCAGAAGUGACCAACCCCCUCUUGGCCAUGCCAGGCCCAGGAAAAGUCUUCUCCAUGGACGAGAACCAGCCCUUGAGCAGCGUUGACUCGGAAUACGACAUGGGAUCUAUCCAGAGGGAUUUGAACUUCCUGGAAGACACCUCCUCCUUGAAGGAAAUGGUUCUGGCCAACCCACCAGCUCCCAGGAUGAACCCCCCUUUCAUUGGCUUGAGACCGCCCAAUCCGGCGAUGCAGGCGUUGGCGGCCCAGAAAAGGGAAGCCCACAAUCGCUCCCCGGUCAGCUUCCGAGAGGGGCGCAGGGCGUCGGACACAUCCCUGACACAAGGAAUUGUAGCCUUCAGGCAACACCUUCAGAACUUGGCCAGAACCAAAGGCAUCCUGGAGCUGAACAAAGUCCAGAUGUUGUAUGACCAGAUGAGGUCAGAAGACGAACCUUCUCUGGAAUCCGCUUCUCCUCACUUCCAGGACCUUGAAAGCAGCUCCCGGCAGGAAGAGGCAUCCUUGCCGCAGGAGGCGGCUUCCAACUUCCCCGGCAGCCUCCAUCCCCCAUUGCUAUCCAGGCGCCAGAGCUUAGAAACGCAGUACCUGCAGCACCGGCUUCAGAAGCCCAGCCUGCUUUCCAAAGCCCAGCACGCCUGCCAGAUGUUUUGCAAGGAGAUCCCUCGGAGCCUGGAACAGCAGCUGCAGGAGCACAGGUUGUAUCAGAAGCACCUCUUCCUCCAGAAGCAAUCCCAGCUGCAGACCUACUUCAACCAGAUGCAGAUUGCCGAGGGCACCUACUCCCGCUCCAGCCAGCUGCCCCUCCCUUGCCACGAGGAGCCCCCUCCUCCUCCUCUCCCUCCCUCCCAGUUCAGCCUGGUGCCACCCUUGAGCCCCGUCAUGGAGCCUCCGUCUGCCGAAGACAUGCAAUACGGCCCUUUCCUCAGCCAGUAUCAGAAGCUGCAGCUCGACCUGCAGCCUCCCCCCGCCCUCCACGGCUCCCCCCAGGCUCCAUCCCAGCAGCAGUAUCCCUAUCCGACUUGCGAAGGGCCGCUCGGCCUCUCCCCCGACCUAGACUAUGCCGGCCAGCCUCAGUUUCCCCUGGACCCCAGCCAGCAGAGUGGCGUCGCCAUGACCAACGUCCAGGGCGGCUCGGAACCUCCUGGGCCUCAGUCCAGCUACGACCCCUUAAACCUGGCCCAGUUGCCAGGGCUCCUGGACUGUGAAAUGAUGGAGACGGUCGAUCCCCAACACGGAGGCUACGUCUUGGUCAACUAGCCGCUUAAGGGGGAGCUUUCUUGGAGAAGGGGCACGACGGUGGGCCGAACUCAAGUCACACCGUGGCCGCGGAUUUCCACCGGGACUCCAUGGCUGCUUCUCCGAGCUUCAUGGAUGAAGAUCUUAACCCUCUGAACUGGUACUAGCGGAGAAGGGCCAGGGCUUCCCUUCCCAGGAGGGGCUGAAGGCAGGCCCUGCGCCUUCACACAGAACAAAGAACGACUCUUGAAGGGACGGGGGCAACCCGCGUCUGAGAAGGUCUUCUCGCUUCUAGGAGGAUCUCUGGUCCUUCCAGAAAUCUUGGGUGUUCCACUCAACCUCUGUCAGAGGAAAGCCUGGGAGAAUUCAGGAAGAGGAGUGAAUUUGCUCUACACCAUACUUGGCAAUAAAAGCAAUACAUUAUUAUUAUUAUUAUUUUUCCCAUUGGAAUCUGGCCGAGACGGAAGCCAGACAGGAAUGUAGGAUGCUUCAGAAUUGGUCUGCUAAGUUAGGCUAGGCUGUAGAUCAGAAGUGGGGGGACGAUGGCCCUCUUGGGACUUGUGGACUUCCAGCUCCCAGAAUUCCUGAGAAUUUUUGGGAGUGGAAGUCCACAAGUCCUAAAAGGGCCACCAUUCCUGAACCUUUGUGUAGAUGUUCUUCAGAGGACUUGCAGGAACUCUUGGGACUUCUUUCUUUCGUUGGCCGGAUGACUUGCAGGGGGGGGACGCCAAAACUUUGCACAUCUUGUGAACUCCCCGGGUUGCCGACGAAAGCUUCCCAUCGGUCCCUCUUGAAAUUCCGCUCGGGAGUCAACACCUAGGACCGUUGAAGUCGUCCUCCAGAGGUCAGCAAGGAAGGAGAACCAGGACUCUGAAGCUAAAGCAGCAUCAAAGCAAGCUUGGGAAGGACUUGAUCACUGGACAAAUUGUUCUAAGCUGCCCUUUGUAGCUUUAUUUUAUUUUUUCCCUUCUUUUUCUUUUUUUUUUUAGAGGAAGCAAACCCACUUGGACUUCAAGAGUGUUGCGUUGGUGAUGGUUCUUAGUCUUUGCAUAUUUGGGCAACUAUUUAGGGGUGUAGUGUUUUAAGGACAAAGCAGAAUAAGCUUAUCAGAAAACCCAUGUGAAGUGAUAGUGCCGUGCCUUUUUUCCCCCCCGGUUCUUUCUAAGGCCCUUUCUCUCUUUUUUUAAUUCUGAAGUUCUUUUCUUCUUUUUUUUAAACCCCCCACCCCCCACCCCAUAUCUCUUGUCUAGGCUGACACCAAAGUCCCUUCAGAGCCCAGGUUCCACCGUGUGGAAUGCGGGCUUCGGGUUCCUUCGCCCCCCACCAUAAUUCUUUCUGACCCCCCUCAUCUAGAGACCUGAUUUUCAUUUCCCUUUGGGGGGGGGAAAAUAGAAGAAGUAUUACAGCAAUAUUUAGGAUCGGUAACCAUUGACUCGUUCAUCACUUCGACAGGCCUCUCUAGGAAAAACAUACUUUGUUCCAAGAGGAGGGGGCGGGGCUUAGCGUUUGAGACACACCGGCGGGUUGGAAGCCGCCUCUUGGAACUUGGGUAAAAAUUGAAGCACAACCUCGAAUGUUUUUAAGCACAACAAAA